CUAACUCAAUCGCAAAAUCUUUAAAUCCAGUUGUCUGAAAAUUUUGAAAUCCCGGCUGAUAAAUUGAAGUUAAAAUCUCGAUCCCCAAAUCCUGAAUCAGAGGAUUGGGUUGUCAAACCCUAGAACUUGGAAUUGCGAAUUUUAGUUCUUUUCUUGCAUAUUAGUGUGGUUGUUGUUGGUGCUGAGCCGUGGUGGUGACGUACUUCAGAAAUCAAGUAAGAAUCAGAGAUAAAAUCGUUCAAGAAACAUAGACAGAAGAAGAAGAGUCUGGAAAGUACCAUGAGUAUGGAUCAUUGCCAAGCUAAUCCACAACAGCAGCUGCAGCAACGAAAGCCUCAAAGCUGCGACGAGCUUGGGGAUACUUAUUCUGAAAAAGUGAUUCAGGCAGAAACCCAAAGGCUCUUAACUGAGUUUAAAAGUAGACAGAAGAAGAAGAAGAAGAGUCUGGAAAGUACCAUGAGUCAUUUCCAAGCUCAUCCAGAACAACAAGAGUCUACAAUAAUAAUUGAGAAAACAGAUCACCCUGUUCAAACAUUGCAGAAACAAGAAGAGCUAACCUCAACAACAGUCGAUGUCGGAACUAAUUCAGAAAAAUCCGUCACUGGACAGCAGAAAAAAGCUCGAAAAAGUAGACAGAAGAAGAAGAAGAAGAUGAAGAAGAAGAAGAAGAAGAGUCUUGAAAGUACCUUGAGUACAGAUCAUUCCCAAGCCCAUCCAGAACAAGCUAUUAUAGAACAGCAGCAGCAGCAAAAGCCAAGUAAACGUGGACAGACAAAGAAGAGUCUGCUAGCUACCAUGACCACAGAUCAGGGCGAAGUUUAUCCACAACAACAAGUGUCUGCAAGAAUAAUUGAGAAAACAGAUCACACUGUAAGCUACUACCUAUCGUUUGUUUUCUAUCACUUAGAACAGCAAGAGAUAGCCUUAACAAUAAUCGACAAAGAAACAGAACAACUAGAGUUGACCUCAACAACAGUUGAUGGCGGCACUAAUCCAUUUUCAUUGCUAUAUGUGCUGGAACAGCAAGAGUCGACAACAAAAAUUGAGAAAACAGAUCACUCUGACGAAUCUCCCAUAAGUUCUACUCAGCCCACACGGGAGGGUCAGGUGCCUGAGAAGUCAAGUGGGGACCUUCUAGAUUUUAUUAGGGUUCCUAAAUUGAGUGAGUACGGAACUGUAGAGUACAUAUUUAUUCCGCCACGUUCCUAUUGGUUGGAGAUCAUUCGCGAGGAUUGGGGAGCCACUGACGAGGAAAUAUAGCUUGUAUCAAAGCUGCCCCUCAGCUAUCACGAUUCAAAAUUGAAGUGUGUGGUUCCUAUAUCGGACACGGGGUUAUUG